AUGAAACAGAAGAACUUAUAUAUAUUUGACAUUUCAACUCCGCGACAGAUGCAGUUAUUGAUAAAGCACUUUUCUUCUGGACUUAUUAGAAUGAGCAGAAAAAUAAACUACCCUUCGGCCGACAGAAACAAGACGCCGAUCCUCGAAGUCCUGCAGAAGCACAUCGACCACACAGUCGAGGGCAAAGUACUCGAAAUAUCGUCCGGCACUGGACAGCACCUGGCUCAUUUCGCUCCGAACUUUCCGAAGCUGACUUUCCAACCGACGGAAGUCGAGACGUCCUUGUUUGACAGCAUCGACGCCUACGCUGAUGACGUACCGACUAAAAACGUCAAGAAAGCCUUAUUCGUCAACGUAAUGGAGGAUUUCGCGCAGUGGGGGCUAGCCGGCGACUUCGAUUACGUCAUCAACGUCAACAUGAUCCACGUGACCCCGUUUUCUUGCUCGAUAGGGCUGUUCAAGAAUGUGAGCGAGGCGCUCAAGCCUAAAGGGCUGCUUUUUACUUACGGGGCUUACGCUAACAAUGGGGUGUUGGAACCGCAGUCGAAUAGGGAUUUCGAUAAGAACAUCAGGUUGAAGGAUCCUAAUUGUGGGGUGAGGGAUAUACAGGAUUUGGUCAAGGUAGCGGAGACUUACGGGAUCAAACUCGUUUGUAUUUAUGAAUUGCCUGCUAACAAUAAGUGUCUGGUUUGGAAGAAGCUGAUGGAGAAUGUUUGA